AUGCAGCCAAAAUCCAUAGCAUUAUUGCAGAAGAUUGAUUCCAAUAUAGAGCAAAUUUUACAAAAAUUUCAGGACAUCUUUGAAGUAGCUAUAAUACAAGAUAAAUCAAAAGAAUUGUUGUCAGUCGAGUCAUUGACCAUAGAAUCAAAUGCAUUAAUGGUAAUAAGGCUAUGUGAGGAUUUGUUGACAACUACAAGGACAUUGAAAGAAGCAUGGUGUCUUGGAACAGUGAAAGUUAAUUUUGGUGAUAGUACAGAGGAACCCUACGAUACGAAAGCUGUUUUCGAGAAAUACAAUGCUUUGACGGACAAAAUAGCGCAAUUCGAAAACAUGAGCACGAUAGCUACAGAUGGAAUGCAAUAA